AUUCCACCAUCAAAAUUAACCCACCCCCUCUUCUUCAUCGCACAUAUAAAUACCCUUCCAACCCUUCACUUCAAUUCAUCACAACUUACUUCAACUUCUCCAAACACCUUAAUUUUUAUUUCCCAGCACCUAAGUUGAGACAUGGCUGGCGUCUGGAUUUUCAAGAACAACGGGGUUAUGCAGCUCGUGGAGAAUCCCGGGUCCGACUAUGCUGAGGGUAAGCGUGGUGCCUCCAAGCAGAAGGUGUUGGUGCACCUACCGUCUGGGCAAGUGGUGUCCUCGUACAAAUUUCUCGACCAAAUUCUUCGGAAUUUGGGGUGGGAGAGGUACUAUGGUGGCGACCCCGACCUCUACCAGUUCCACAAACACUCCUCCAUCGACCUCAUUUCUCUCCCCAAAGACUUCAACAAGUUCAGCUCCGUUUAUAUGUACGACAUCGUUGUCAAGAACCCUAAUCUCUUUCAUGUCAAAGACAUGUAGUAAGUUUGCUGUGAUGGCUUGAUUUAUACAGCUUUGUAAAGUGAUUUCGAAAUUUCGUUUUUUUUCCUUAAUUUCUACUAUGGAGUUUGUAAUGUUCAUAAUUUUUCUUUAUUUUAUCAAAUCGACAGUUCUUGUUGGACUUUGGCUUCACAUUAGUUAGAUGAAAUCGUGUAAUUUUUCUUUUGUGGUGUAUGUAUAAACUGUGAAAUUUGAAAAAUAUGUUAAUAUAAAUCAAUAUCA